AUGUUGCUCCGCGUCGUCCUCGGUCCGCUGAAGACCGAGCGCCAUCAGAAAGACGCCAUUCGGCCGCCGUGCCAAGCAUACAAGUUCUCCUGCGGGCCAGUCCUAGUCGGCCCCGUCCCCCAGGUGGAGCUGCGCGGUGGAUCCCUCCGAGAGGUCGCCCAACGCAGGGUCUUCCUCAGGGAGGCAACUUUGCCAAGUUUCCUUAUCAUCCUCCUCAAUGCCAUCAUUGAGCUGGUCCUAGAGUGCCUCCGAGAGGCGGGCCAGCGUGAAGUCUUUGCAGCAGGUCAGCCAGUCCUGCAGCGCGGGCGCCCUUCGGCCUUCCGGGAACAGCGUUCUGGCGAGGCACGCCAAGUACCCGACGUCUCCGGCAGCGUCCGUGCGCUAGCAGGUGCCGAAGUCGAUAACGGUGACCCUGGGGUCGCCGUGACUCGUGUCGACGCAGAUGUUCUGCAGCGCGAUCAGCGCCCUUUGCUUCGAGGACAGCGACCGCAGCUGCUGCUUCAGCGUCGCUCCGGCAUACUUGGUGACCAGCGACAGUUGCUCGGGGCAGAUCCCGACCAGCUGCUGGACUCGAGGGACGCCCUCAAGCAGCAGCAAAGUCUUCGCUUCCGUGAGGAAGCUAGGCGCGGAUUCCCUGCUGAGGGCGACCUUCACGACCAGGCCCUUCUCCUCGUUGAGGAGCGCGCGGCCGAAGGCGCCUUCGCCCAGCACCGCGGGUUUCUCGCCACGGGCGGCGUCGCACUGCUGCGGCGUCAGGAGGGGCAGGCCGUCCCUCCGGCAUAUCUUGGUCACGAUCUGCGCCACCCUCUAGCGGGCGUCCUGUCCCUCGCCCCCCUCGAGGGCGGCCAUUUCCAGCUCCUCGAACUCCUCGUACACAUACCCGAGGUCGUACUCGGCUGCCAUAAUGUCCCGCGAGGCAAGCGUCUGCUCGCGGGGCCUGGGCUGCGCCUCCAAGGGGGCCUCCUCUCGGGUUACCCUGGCAGACUAUGGUGCCUGCUCGGGUUUGUUUUGGCUAUGAUGACCUCGCUCGGCACAGUGAUGAUCUAUAUGGUGAGAAUAAACCUUUCCAUGGGCAUCAUUGCUAUGGUGCACACGGUCGCCGCAUCCGAUGAGGCAGCACACCAUAUCCGGACUGUUCCAUAUUGUCUCCAGCCUCUACAGGUGAGGCUUAUCAUUAAAAAGAUGAUUAAUAAGAUUUUCCUUAUCAUUACUCAUGAUUUUUUUUUUUUUUUUUUUUUUUUUUUGCUUCUUUUUUUUUCUCAUUACAUGUAUUCUGUUGGUUAUCUUUUAUGGUCAUUCCAUUUUACUGCUCUCUUUUCCUUUUCUGUUCAUAGUUCUUCAAAUUUGUCUUUGUACGUAUUCACAGAUGUUGACACCAAAGAUGACAUAACCUUCUCGACUACAACUGAAACGUUUAGUGAUUACAAUGUUGGGAUCAGCACAGAACUCCCAGACGCUGCAGAAUAUUCUUAUGAGUAUAAUCUGAUCACGAAAGAGCUGGAAGACAAAAUGUUCCUAACCAGCGGGCAGGGGGGGGGCGGUCUUGCUGCCUUUUUCUACGGGUACUUCUUAACAGGACUCCUCGGCGGGAGGCUGGCUGAACUGUACGGCACCAAACUGGUCCUGGGUGGCAGUGUCUUCCUGAUUAGUAUCCUCACUCUUUUCACGCCCAUAGCCGCCCGCACCCACUAUGGGGCCCUCAUUGCUCUCAGGGCUGGGUCAGGAUUGGGUCAGAGGGUUUCGUGUCCCUCAACGCACGCAAUGAUCGCCCGGUGGGUUCCUCCUCUUGAGAAGCCGAGGUUUACUGCCUUCGUCUUUCCGUCCAGCUGUCUCGGCAUCAUCCUGACCUUGCUCAUGUGUGGCCUCAUCAUCGACUCCCUCGGAUGGCCCUACAUCUUCUACGUGUCGGGAGCCCUGUCUUUGCUCUGGCUCGGGAUCUGGAUGCGGUUUAUGUACGAGACGCCCGCAGACCACCCGGGGAUUUCGAAGGAGGAGAGGGAUUAUAUCCUGGAGGGUAUUAAGGAAGGCACGGCUGGGAAGAAGCCAAGCCGAGUGCCAUGGGAGCAGAUGCUGGGCAGCCUCUCCUUCUGGGCCAUCAGCGUCUGUCACGUCGGGAACAUGUUUGGCUGGACGCUCUUGGCCACGCAGCUGCCGAGCUUCGUGAGCGGCGUCCUCGGGUCUCCAUUAAGAGUGUGAGGCUGCCCUUCCUCGCUGCCCUUCCUCGCUCGCUACCUCGGCGGGAACUGCCCCAGCUGCCUCGGCGAACGGAUCCUCACCAAGGGCUGGCUGUCCCUGAGGGCCACGCGCGGGGUCGUCACGCUCGUGGGACUGUGCAUUCCCGCCUUGAUGCUCGCUGCUGUCGGCUACGUCGGAUGCAACAGCUCAGCUUCUGCGUCGGCACUCUGCAACGGCACCUUCUGCAACGGCGCCCAAGUUCCCGGAUAUAUCUGCAACAUGCAGGACAUCGCGCCGAACUUGGCUGGUGACGUUGCGCGCGGAGGACUUGGUGUUGGGAGAGCGGGAAUGAAAUGA